AUGGCAUAUUUUUUAAGAUUCUCUUGCACUUUCAAGCAACUACAACGGCAAAAGGAAAAAAUAGCCCCAAUCCUAACUGGGCUAAGCUCACUCCAAAUAAGCCUCGGCAUGUUUCACCCAAUGGGAUCAUCAAAGGCCCAUGCUUUUGUCAAGAAUGUGGUGUUGGACUAG